AUGGUUCCUCCAAGCACUAUCGGACCGCCACUCUCAAAACCUUCCUUCGUUUUCCGUUUACUGCUUCUAAUUAACCUCCUAACUGUCUCGUUUUGCGAUGACGCCGCCGUCAUGUCCAACCUCUUAGCUGCCCUCUCUCCGGCGCCUUCUGGCUGGUCCGCUUCCAAAGAUCCGUGUACAUGGACUAAUGUCAACUGCGACAAGUCCACCGGCAAUGUAAUCACCAUCAACCUCGACUCCCAGUCCAUCUCCGGUAACCUCCCUUCUGAUCUCACACAGCUCUCGUCUCUCCGAACACUUUCCGUCCAGAAAAACUCCCUCUCCGGGACCUUGCCGUCUUUCGCUAAUAUGUCCAGCCUCGAAGGGCUCUAUCUAGACAGCAAUCAGUUCAGCUCAAUCCCCCAAGAUUUCCUCUUGGGUCUUCCCAAUUUGCAGACUUUCAGCAUUUCCGACAAUGGCGAGCUCAGCCCAUGGCAAAUUCCUAGUUAUUUGGCCGAAAGCACAAACUUGGGAUCUUUCUACGCGAGCAACGCCAGUAUCACCGGCGUCAUUCCUAAUUUCUUCGAUUCUUUCCCGAAUCUCCAGAACCUGAGAUUAUCCUACAAUAACCUCACCGGGUCUCUGCCUGGGUCGUUUGGGAGCUCGGAGAUACAGAAUUUGUGGCUGAAUAACCAACAACAGGGGCUCUCCGGGACUAUUGAUGUGCUUUCCUCAAUGACUCAACUCACCCAAGUAUGGCUUCAUGCCAAUGCCUUCACGGGUCCCAUCCCUGACCUUUCCAAAUGCGUAAAUCUCUUCGAUUUGCAGCUCAGAGACAACCAAUUGACCGGGGUUGUACCAGUUUCCAUAACGGCUCUUCCCAAAUUGGUGAACAUUACUCUUCAGAACAACAAUUUGCAGGGUCCGAUGCCUGAGUUUGGAAAAAACGUCAAGAAUAAUGUUGGUAAUACUUUCUGUAAGGAUACACCUGGACCUUGUGAUCCACAGGUCACUGCACUUCUUGCUGUUGCUGGGGGUCUUGGCUAUCCAAUCACGUUUGCCCAAUCUUGGGAAGGGAAUAAUGCGUGCAACAGCUGGAAAUUUAUAUCCUGUGAGCAGGGGAAUGUGAUUACUGUGAAUCUUGAAAUGGAUGAUUUUUCAGGUACUAUUUCACCCGCUCUUGCCAAUUUGACUUCAUUGAGGUACCUGUAUUUGGAUAAUAAUAAUCUUAGUGGCCCAAUCCCGGAGAACUUGAAUACUUUGCCUAAUCUUCAAGUCCUAGAUGUGUCCAAUAACCAUUUGUCUGGGCCUAUACCUGUUUUUCCACCUUCUGUAACCUUUUCUCAUAGUGGCAACUUAUUUCUUGGGAAGAAUGUGAGUACCGGUGGUGGAUCACCGGGUUCAGGCCAGAAUUCAGAUGUUCCCGGUGACAAUCCAUCGUCUCACAGUUCAAACGGGUCCUCCAUUUCAGCUGGAAUGAUUGUUGGUGUGGUUAUAGCUGUUGUUGUUUUUGUUGUAGUUGUGUUGUUUGUGUCUUACAAGUGUUACAUGAAACGGCAGCAUAAGAUGAAGGUUAGUGUAAAGGGCACUGCAAUUCCGACUGAGAUAAAGAAAUGGCAGAUAGUUGAUUGUGGGAGAACUUUUCCUGCUCACGAAGAUGGAAACAUUGCUAUUCCCAUCCAAGUUCUUGAAAAAGCCACAAACUUUUUUAGCGAAGAGAAUGUGUUGGGAAGUGGAGGAUAUGGGGUGGUUUACCUGGGUAAACUAGACGAUGGAACUAAGGUUGCUGUGAAAAAAAUGAAAGAUGGGGCAACGCAUACUAAAGGAAUAAAUGCGUUCCAAGCAGAAAUUGCUUUUCUUACCAAAGUUAGGCAUAGGAAUCUAGUUGCACUUAUUGGUUAUUGUAUCAAUGACAACAAUAGGCUUUUGGUGUACGAGUAUAUGCCACACGGUACAUUGGGUCGUCAUUUAUUUGAAUGGGAGAAGCAUGGCUUUCAUCCUCUAACUUGGAAGCAAAGGGUGACAAUUGCAUUAGAUGUGGCCAAGGGGAUGGAGUAUCUUCAUAGUUUGGCUCAUCAAAGUUUCAUUCACCGAGACAUAAAGUCCUCAAAUAUUCUUCUUUGUGAUGACAUGAGUGCUAAGGUCGCAGAUUUUGGAUUAGUCAGAAAGGCUCCAAAUGACAAAUAUUCUUUUGAGACUCGAAUAGCUGGAACAUUCGGUUACCUUGCACCUGAAUAUGCUACAACAGGACGAGCCACAAACAAAGUAGAUGUUUAUGCAUUUGGAGUUGUUUUAAUGGAGAUAAUCACCGGCAAAAAAGCAGUAGAUGAGACGUUGCCUGACGAGACGUGUCACUUGGUCACAUGGUUUCACAAGAUUAUAAGAAAAGGUCACAACAUUCAAAACGCUAUCGACCCAACUCUUGAUCUUGAUGACCAAACAUUUGAGAGCAUUUCUAAGGUUGCAGAGUUGGCUGCUCACUGCACUGCUAACAAAUAUUUUCGACGACCAAAUAUGGAACAUGUUGUUAAUGUUCUUGGUCCCUUUGCACAGAAGUGGAAGCCUUUGAGACUAGAAGAAAUAGAGGAAAAGUAUGGUGGUCUUAACCUUCAGAUGAGCCUUCCUCUUGCGUUUGACGACUCAUCCAUUGAAAGCUUGUCUUUUACAGAAGCCCAACUCAAUGGAAAUCGUCUAAAUCAAAGUGCACAAUUUUAA